AUGAGGGCGUACUUGUGUGUUGCAGUGCUGCGCGACGAAUUCCGUGCGGAGCCAAAGAACACGCGCGUGGCACAGGGGGACACGGCGCUGCUGGAGUGUGGCCCCCCGAGGGGUCAUCCCGAGCCCUCAGUCACGUGGCGCAAGAACGGCCACCCGCUGGACCUCGACUCCAACAAGAGGCUGCGGCUGGUGGACGGCGGCAACCUGGGCAUCAUGGACGUGCGUCAGAGCGACGACGGACGCUACCAGUGCGUCGCCAGGAACUCGGCCGGCGUCCGCGAGUCCGCCAUAGCACAGCUCCGGGUGCACGUGCGGCCGUUCCUGGUGCGCGGCCCGGAGGACGCGGUGUCGCUGGCGGGCGGCGCGGUGCAGUUCACGUGCCGCGUGGGCGGAGACCCGCCCCCGGAGGUGCUGUGGCGGCGCACGGCGGGCGGCGGCUCCAUGCCGCUGGGCCGCGUGCACAUCCUGGAGGACCGCAGCCUGCGCGUGCAGGACAUCACGCCCGAGGACGAGGGCGAGUACAGCUGCGAGGCCGACAACGCCGUCGGCUCAGUCACCGCCUCCGCCACCCUCACCGUGCACUCGCCGCCGUCUCUGACGCUGCGGCCCGCUGAGCUGACGGUGGAGCAGCGCCGCGACGCCGUGUUCGAGUGCUCGGCGUCGGGGAAUCCCCGGCCGUCCGUCUUCUGGUCCGUGUCCGGAGCCAAGGCGCUGCUCUUCUCCGGAGCGUCCAACGGCCGCUGGGCCGCCUCCACCUCUCCUGAGGGCAGCGCGGUCCUCACCCUCCAGGGCGCGACUCGCAACGACUCCCGCAGCUGGGUGACGUGCUCGGCGGUGAACGCGGCCGGGUCGGCGGUGGCGCGCGCGCGGCUGCGCGUCGUGGCGCCGGAGGACCUGCCGCCGCCGGUGAUCGCGCUCGGCCCCGCCAACCAGACGCUGCCCGUGCAGUCGGUGGCGCUGCUGCCGUGCCGCGCCGCGGGCAGCCCGCCGCCCGUCAUCACGUGGUACCGCGACGGCGCGCCCGUGCUGCCCGGCCCGCGCGUCAACGUCUCCGCCUCCGGCACGCUCCAGAUCAACGACCUGGAGAAGCGAGACAGCGGCCUGUACACGUGCGUGGCGUCUUCGCGCAGCGGGAAGGCCACGUGGAGCGCCAGCCUGCGCCUCGAGCUGCCCACCAACCCCAACAUCCACUUCUUCCGCGCGCCGGAGCCGUCCACGUUCCCCGGUCCGCCGAGCCGGCCGCACAUCGUCAACGUCACCGCCUCCAGCGUCACCAUCCAGUGGACGCGCAACAACAAGAUCGGCUCCUCGUCCCUGCUCGGCUACCAGGUGGAGCUGUUCGGGCGCGACGAAUCUGCGGGCGGCGGCGGCGGCGGCGGCUGGGUGGUGUCGGCGCGGCGCGUGCCGGGCCCCAGCUACACGCAGCACCACCUGGCGCCCGGCGUCACCUACACCUUCCUGGUGCGCGCCGAGAACUCGCACGGCCUGUCGCCGCCCAGCCCGCUGUCCGAGCCGGUGACGGUUCCCGCGGGCGCCGCGGGCACAGCCGGCAGGGCGGACGAGGAGCGGCUGCUGGCCCGGGCGACCGCCAGCCUGCUGGCCGGCCACAUCGUCGAGCUGGCCGACGCGCAGCCCGUCGCCUCCACAGCCGUCAAGCUCGUCUGGGAGAUCUUGAGUGCAGAGUUUGUUGAGGGCUUCUACAUAUACUCAAGACCACUGGAUGGAGUUCGCAUGCCAGGAGCCUACAAUGUGCUGACAGUGCUGCAUGCUGGAGAAGCAUCAGGUUUCCAAGUGUCCGGCCUAGCAAAGUACACACGCUACGAGUUCUUCCUGGUGCCCUUCUACAAGACUGUUGAUGGCCGUCCUUCUAACUCAAGAACUGUACGCACUCUGGAAGAUGUUCCAUCUGAACCACCAACACAAAUAGAAGCUACUCUGCUAAAUGCCACUGCAGUAUACCUGAAGUGGAAACCACCACCUGCAAGCUCACACAAUGGUGUUCUGAGAAGCUAUCAGGUUGUGGUACGCACAGGAGGAACUGCUGAAAGCAAUACUUCAAGGGUACUCAGCAAUGUAACAGUGAGUGCAACGAGCCCCACCCUGCUGCUGACCAACCUAACUGCCGGUGUGACGUACAUUGUCCAGGCAUCCGCUGUCACCCGAGCUGGUCCAGGGCCUGCCAGUGCUCCAGCCACUCUCAGACUUGAUCCUGCCUCACGGUUACUGCUCAGAGACCACCAUAACAGGCAACCUGUAGGAAAUGAUCCAAGCCUAAGCCCUGGAAUUAGUGGAAAUGACUUCCUCACAGAGACCUGGUUCAUUGCUUUGCUGGGAAGCAUGGUUGCAGUAAUGGCAUUGCUUUUUGCUUCCAUGUUCCUUGUGAGACGCAGACAACUCAUGGCAAAGAAAUCCACUUUGCAUGAUUCACGGCCAAAUACCAGUGUGCUUCCUGCUCCUUUAAAUCUAAAAGCAGCAGUUGGUUUGACACCCAGUUCCCAUGACUCUUCGCUCUGGAUAGAAAAUCGCCCAACCCCUAGCUGUUGGAGAUCAUCAGAAACACGCACCGUAACUACUGGUGGCUCUGUAACACCAACAAUGAAAGAAUGUAUAGAUAAUAGAAUGCUUGAACCCACUCCAGCAUAUGCAGAAACUGGGAUUCGGUCAACACCGUCUUAUGAAGCAGGAGACACACAAGCUGAAAAUGAGCACAUGCCAGCUUAUGCUGAGGUAGAUGCUGCACAUACCACAUUAAGCACUUUCCAAGGUUACAGAAGUGGUGAUGAAAGUCCAGCUCCUUAUGCAACAACCACCUUGGUUGGCAGCUCACGGCACAAUAUUGGAAAUGUGGGCUGGCAUCCAACUUGUCACCCAGUAGAUACGGAUGAAACGGCCUACCCUCAGAAUUCCAAUGGCUUCUUUGGAAGAAAUGUAUAUUCUGAUUCAUAUUUUUUUAGUGCACAGUGUGCAAAUGGAUAUGCACUUCAAACAGGACUGCCAAGCACACACAACAACAUUACAGGAAGAAAGGCAAUGUCAGAAAUGGGUCCAAGUAAUGGUCCCACUCCAUCACCUACGCCAACAAGUACACUUCGAAGGAUACAUCGGAGAUCACAGAAGUCCAUUCCAAGACCUGAGCAUCAAGAAUAUGCUAAUCAAGCUCAGAGCAAUGGUCUAAGGGAAAGUCAGUGCUUUUCUGAACCACCUCCAGAUGUCAUCACACCUCCUUCACAACAAACAAACAAUAGCAACCAGAUGCAGCCAUCAUGGAAAGGACACACAACGUGUGGGGUGAAGCCAAUGUUGUUAUUAACUUCAGUGCCCAACACAGACCCAUACAAAGGGUCACAAAUAAUUAAAGACUUGCCACAUGCAACAAAUAAUUAUAAUGCUCACAGUCUGUCCAGCUUUGCGGUGCCUUAUCCUGCCUAUGCACCAGUCACUAGGCAUGGACAGUAUCAAUCAGUGUAUCACCAGUCAUCUCAAAGUGAACCAGGAAAUCACAACAGUCAUGGCACAUAAACUACUAUGUCAUACUGUAUCUGUUUUGUAAAGCAUGUUCAAACUAUGUCAGCUCAGUGACUGAUAACCAUUUAAAAGGACAAUGUAUAGUUUUCCAUUUAAAUGAGGUGUACAUCAUUUGAUAAGAAGAAACCUGACUUUUUAUGAGAUCUGUACAUACUCCCAGUUAAUAAAUUUAUUUUUACCAUUGAAUCCUUACCAUUGUAUAAUUCAAAAUACUAUGAUGAUGCUGAGAGAGAACAAGCUGUAUCUGGUAUUGAAAGUAUUAAGACAACUAUAUGUACUGUAAAUGUCAUGAUCUGUUGAACUUUUAGAGAACUGAACUAAGCAAGAAAAUAUUAAUACUGCUCUCUUUAUGAACUGACUCAACCUAAUGUCUGUUCCUCUCCAUUAUGUUUCAAGUCAAAUAUCAUGACAACAUCAAAUUCUUUCAGCCAUAGCACUUCUACAAUUGUCUAACUGUGAUAAAUGUGUUAUUAUUGAUGUUGUUACCCUUUUUAUACUCAUGGACUAUAUGUAUGCUACAAGAGAUUUAUUUCCUUCAUUGCUUCUUAUUCCAGCUUACAUGUUGUGAAUUGGUAACAGUAAUAAAUAAAUGGACAAUGUCACUAUCAGGAUCAAAAAUUUUUGAAUGUAGAUAAGUGUAUACAUCAUAAAUGAAUGCAUUUUCAGCUUGAAGGUCACACUAACAUUUUUUUACCUUGUAUGUAAAAAUGUGAAGACAGAAUUCAUGACUUUAGUGAGGUCUUAUGUGUUAUAAAAGUUAUUGUGAAGACUGGCAGGCAGGCAGCAUAAAUAAAGGACAAAUGAGAAUAUAUCUAAUAACUGCAUUUCUUUACUGAAUACUGAGAUGUUUCUUGACAGAGUUGCAUGCUAAUCAGUAACUCAGUGUUAGUACAAUUUUCAAGCAGACCUAUUUGUGGCAAAUAAUAUUUAGUUAGAAAAUUUCAUUUGAAAUGACGUCCCUAGCAUACAUUAUCCUUCAGAUCACAAAUCCCUGUAGAAAAAAUAAAAAAGAAUACUACACACACACACACACACACACACACACACACACACACACACAGACACACACACACAAAACAUUAAAAAAAGAUGCAUAUUUAGUUGUUGAGAAAUGAAGAGUUUACAAUUGUGAUAUUCAAGGAUUAGGCUUGAGAGACUUAUACGGAAUUACCCAGCAGGUUAAGAAAAAUGGACUGUCAGUUGUACAUUACCAAUGUCUGAUCAGAAAAAGUUUUGAAAACCGAAAGAUUUAAUUAAACUGUGACCACUUACUUCCAGCUGCUUGUGAAAAUCUUCAUCUUCUGCCAUAACUAGUGUCGAGUAAAUCUCCAAAUUAUCUUCUGGGGCAAGCUAUUUAUUCAACUGUCAUGUCCCAUAGAUUGCAUCACGAAGGAGAACAUUAAGGAAUGUGGAACAUAUCAGGUACACAGCAACAUAGUUAAAACAGAUAUUAGAAACAGCAUCUAUAAUUAAUUAUCAUUAAUAUGUGAUAGAGCGAUACAGCGUAGUAAAAGGUGUACACAUUGGUCUAACAACUUGAAAGAUAAAACAUAAAUGAUAGAAAUAAGUUUCUUUGAUGUUGCCUCUACCCAUCGGUUGUUUUCAUGAAGGAAAGGAUCCUCAAAUGAAACUUUAAUGAACUAAGAUAAAGGUAUUUUUAGCACACUGUGUGCAGCUAACAGAGACAAAAAAUUAUUCAAAUGCUAGAAUUUGAAACCAAAAGUUCCUUCGUUCGGGUACUAGCCCUUAUUUCCUACAAACCUUUCCUCUUCAUCUAGGUAAAGAAACCUCUGAUUCUGAGCUUUUUGGUCAGACUAAAGCAGCAAAACAAAUCACGUAACCUACCAUUAGGAAAGUGAGUGCAACCAGUGACAGUGAUAUGAUUUAUAAAUUAUAGAAUGCAGCAAUCAGUCGCCCCCUUUUCUCUCUCUCUCUCUCUCUCUCUCUCUCUCUCUCUCUCUCUCCAGGUUAUAUUUGGCAAAUCAAGAUUUUGGCUAGUGUCUAGCCAUUAUCAAUGCACUAUUUUCUAUUCUUGAUGCAAGGCAGUUCCCUGUUGUUCAGGCGUCAGUCACAUUUCUGUGAAUACUCAGUACUGACGCCCAAACAACAGGGAACUGACAUGCAUCAAGACUAGAAAAUAGUUCAUUGUUAAUGGGUAGGCACUAGCUGAAAUCUGGAUUUUCCAAAUAAAACCUGCAAAAAAAGGGACAAAUGAUUGCUGCACUCUAUAAUUUACAAAGCAAAACUUAUGCUGAAAUCAAAUAGGUGCCUAAGCUCUUAGUUAUUUGCAGUAUAACAGGAGAAGCAUACGAAUAGCUCUGAACAAUAAUGCAACAUGACACAACAUCUAAACAUCCAGAUUACAUAAUGCUUUGUGUACACUAUUUCAGGUAAAACUGUUAUUGCAUAUAAUACAAAUAGCAUUUUUCGUUUUUCUGAAACAACAUCCAUCACAACAUAACAAUGGAUUUAGAUGAAUAUUUCACACAUCGCAUUUUUUGGCAAAUAGAUUCAUUGCUCUGUUGUCUCUUUUGAACUGUCUCUGCAUUCUCAUAACUUUCCUGAUACAAUAUUACUAGAACACUAGUUGUUCAUUUCCAUAAUUCAUUGUAAUAUUUUGUACAGCUUCAUCCAUUCAGAGCUACUUAAAUACUUGAAGUUAAACUGCAACUCUUCGACAAUUCACAUUACACCUAUACAUGCAACAGACUGUCAUAUCUGUAAUGGUUCAGUGACCACCACUGCUCUGUGGUUACCAAUCUUUGACUUUUUACUUUUGGUGUCAGUGCAGCUAUCAUAAGAAUCGCAUAUCAUUAUUUUACAAAGAGCUUUGUAUUUAGUAUUUGCCAUACAUGUACAGUUGUGUAAGUCAGUGGUCAGCAAGUUAAAGUCAGAAUUGGACAAAUACUGUAUCUGAUUAGUUGUGCAAGUACAGUAACAACAUACAGCUGUUAACACAAUCAAUGUCGCCACUUUCACAUCCUUUCUCGCCAUUUAACACUGUACACUACAAUAAGUACUCUUAAUUUUGCUGUCACAACAGUAGUGUAUAUAUGCUUAUAACCAUCUAGCAGUGUGCCAAACAUAAGUGAACCAAAAUUUUAUGAAAGAUUUUAAUUUAUUCCAUUUUUUUAAUUUGAUUUUUUUUUUAUCCUCAAAAUCCUGUUGUGUGCUGUUACAGAGCCAUAAACAAGGUUGCAGUUAACUUACUAGCAUGCUCUUCCAUUAUUAUUAAUGUUUUUUUCUUUCAUUUUUUUAUUGUUUGCCACCAAUAGAAGUCACAACAGAAAGCAUAUGUACUUAGUGCAGACCCCCAGAGCUGUAAUUAAGAAUAUAACAUAGUUACUGAUUACAUUUGUUGUCUAAAAAUAAAAUGCUGUCCUACAGAAAUAGGAAUUUUAUUGUGUUUUGAGUCUGUGUCAUGAGUAUUCUUGAAAGGAAUAUUUUACAGGAUCAAACCCCUGCUAUUUAGCUCAUGAGAAUAUAAGAGGAAUUUCUUCAAGUUCAAGAUCAUAAAAAUUAAAGAAUGAUGCAAGCAAACAACGAAGGCUGUCACAGAAUCAAUAAAUCUGUCAGAAUCUGUUCUUUCCUGUAGUUGCAAGAGAAACAAAUUUUUGUUACUUUCUCUCAUAUUUAGCCUAUGGUUCAACAACGUAGUAUUAGUAAAAGAAAUUGUCAGUUUUGUUGUCCAUUUUUCUAUAUUACACACACUUCCCUUACAAGAACUGUCACACAUCCUACUAAAUGUUAAAUCCAUUUCACAGCUGUUGUGUUAAAUGUAAGACAUAAAUGGGGAAUUCAGAGUAGAACAAUUCAGUUACUCAUACACCUAUUUAAACUGAAAUUUUGCAUUCUUAUGGUCAUAUGAUUUAUCCAUAAAUAUCAGUAUAUAAUUUAUUCCAUAUCCUGUUGGCCACUAAUAAAUGAUUAGACCCAUGUAUGUGCCAGUUUUUGUUAUGCUGCAAAUUAGAAAAACAAUUAGGAAAAGUAAGGUGCUCAAAUCAAUCAGUAAUCUACAUGAAAACCAAUUUAAACAAAAAAAAAUGGAAGAUGCUGUUGACAACAUAAAUAAUGACAAUAGUAAUAGUUUUUGUUAAUAACAUAUAAUUUGUAUAGAAUGCUUUUGCUUUGUUUCUUUUUUAUUUUCCAUAUUUACAAUAGGAAAACAGUUUAUUUUGUUAUCUAAUACUAUUACAUCCUGAAAUGCAAAUAUUCAUGUUACUGGCAGUGAACACACUCUGAAAGACUGAACUACUAUGUAUAAAUGUAGCAUACUGCCUUCCUAAUGAAGUAUUACAGUAAUUAUAACAACUAAGUUGUUCGGAGAACUCAUUAAAUUUACAUGAAAAGUAAAUGGAAAUAAUGUGGUCAUGUUUGGUUUGUUAGCAAUUAUUAGUGCUCAUAAAAGCAUAUAAAGCAACAUAUCAAGACAAGAGAACAAAAACGUACAGUAUCUGGAUAAGCCAUAAAAACGAUUGUUCAGAUUUAGAACACAUGUAACUGCAACUUAGUGCCAUAACACCCCAAAAAAUUUGAGUAUAUGUGUAAUAAUUGUUUUUAAAUUACCUUUACACAGUUACCACAUUACUAUGUAAAAGAAAAUCUAUGUUUGUGUACAUAAAGAUGAAAUAUAUGUGUGAAUACUGUAAACUCAA